AUGGUUAUUCAAGUGAAUGUUAACAAAGUUAAACAGGAUAAGCCGUAUUCCAUAUUAAGAGGGGUAUCGUAUGCUAAUCGUGGGUUCCAUAAAUCUUCCUCGGACAUGGCGUCAAUGGUGCCAACGUUAGAAGACAGAUUGGCAGGGAAGAGGUUCAAGGUUACGGGGAUGUCUUUCCGACGAACGUGCUCAUAUAUCCUUAUAAUACCAAUUAUUUUAGGAGUUAUCGCCCUUGUCGUUGUCGGGAUAAUAUUUUUGCCAGAACCGACCAACCCACCGCCUCAAAUGGUUCAAGAGCCAAUGCCUUUCUGUGUUGGAUCGCUAACCCCAAGUUAUUCCGCUUCUGUACAGUCCAACUGUGCCCCUCUUGCAGCUAGUGUUGCCUUUGAAAUUUCUAAAUUUAGAGUUAUCUCCCCUGGCAACAAGACGGCAGUGAGUAGAGAUCUGGAUAUGUCGUCGGAGCCCUUCAUCAUCACUGUGGCCGAGAUAUGGAAUAUCAAUUGGUCAGGCAUUACACAUAACCUUAUUAUCUCGCCAGUUCUAGGCGCUUUGACAUGUAACAUGGAAGGGACCUAUUUAUUUGAAUAUCUCAACCGUACAAAUGGUCUUGUAUAUUAUCAGCGAUUCGAUCUGAUUUACUUGGGAAAUCUGGACGAUGUCCGCAUUUCCGUUCAACCGUAUCUGAAAAAAGAUGGCGUCAGCAAAGCAAUGUAUCUCUCGUGUUCCAUGAAAACUGGAUGUCACCAUGGUGUUAUCGUACCGGAACUGAAAAAGGGAGACGACACAUUAUUCAUUCAUGGCGCGUCGUGCAGUUACUCUUUCAACAACUCAUUCGGAGGUGAGGUGACGUGUACAACUGAUAUUGAAUCAGACGAUUGGGUUUCUCAUGACGAAGUUAUAUGUGCUCUGAAACCUGAUGAUGGAGUGCACCCAAGAGUUCAAGUUGGAAGACUAAACACUAGUAACGCAGAUCUGACAAAUUACUGCUCAUCGGUAACGUUCACAAUCGGCGAGCCUGGACUUAUCAAUUGCCAAAAGAGAACAUAUGGAAAUGUAGACGUCAUAUUGGAAAGGAAAAGCCACUACUUUGGUGACUGGACAACGUUGUUGGCAAUUUCUGGUGAAGGAAGCGCAAAUACACUUAAUGAUCGCCUUACGUUCAGUGUCGUGAAAACUGAAGACGUGAUUGAAGUAAAUAUAUCUAUAUCUGUAGUUCAUUGUGGCGACAAAGGACUGAUGGCAUUGAAUUACUCAGACGGUUCCCGCACCAAUAUUGAAAUCGAUGUCACCUCAGGUAAAUGAUAUAUAGCUCGUGCCAGUUGUGCCACAGCUGUGACUAGCGCUCUUCAUGUCACCAACCAAUUCAGAUUAAGCUGUUCGUGGUGCCCUGGUCAUGACGUCGAUCAGAUUUUUGUCAAUCACACAAAAACUGUCGAUUUCCAAACAACAGAGCAACCCUCAUUUCCAAUAUCAUUUUUUGUGGAAAAUCCGACAUUUCGAGCGCCGAACGUGACUAUAGAUUUUUCCCAGGCUUAUGGUGUGGCGACGGUAGUUAUUAGGCGAAAAAAAGGUGUAGGGUGUAAAGAUGGUGGCGAAUACACUAUAACCCUCUUCUCACCCACCGGAUCAUCAACCAAAACCAUACACGUGGACAUCACAACACCUGAAAGUCUGUACAACGCGUCAAUCACGGAUGCUCCUCUGGUUGCUGGGUCAGAUCACGAUAUUGAAUUCAAAGGAUUUAUGGGAUGUGAUGUGAAAGGAUUCACUGCAACGAAGGACGGCGUUUCACAGUCGGCAGAAAACGUGAAGGUUGCGGAUGAAGACAUCAGGGAUGCAGAAGCUUUCAAGAUUGUUUGGUCAUACAGACCUUUGACUAUGUCCUUAACAAACACCUUCAUCAAUGCGUCUGUAUCAUUCCUCUCCCGUGGAGAGACAGUGGCCAAGGAAUUUAAAGCGUCAAAAAGACUCCUCGUGCUUGGCGAAACUAUAUGCAAAAACAAAGAGAAUUGCAACGUAAAUCAUCCUUACAACCAGAACUUGUUUGUCUCGUGUAGUUCUGCUGGAACCGUACAAGGUGUGAACAGUUGUCCAGCCGGCCUCAUUCUUCAGUAUCCGGACAUAACCGACUGCCUUGGACAAUGUGCAUAA